AUGGCCGAAUACUCGCAGACUGUCGAGAAGGUCGUGGAGAAGAGCUCCAAAGAAGACCAAAAGGAGAGCACUAUUGUAAACUUGUCUAUCUGGUACAACAACAAGAAGUACAGCAUAAACGACCGUAAAAAUCCGUACAGCUCCACCUACAAGCUUGCAUGUGACUGCAUUAAGAAGAAUACGGAAAUGGCGGCUGCUCGGAGAAAAGUCGCGAGACUCCUUUCCUCUGAACUAGAAACAAGAACGGAAGCCUUAGGUAAAGCGGUAUCCAUGCACGCUACCUGCAAGAAGGAUGCUGAUAAGCUUGGCAAAGUCGCGAGCGCAGUUGACUACUCAGAGGUCGUAGAUUUCUACCGUAGUCAAGGUGAAUCUACUCAACAGGCGGAAUCGAUGGCAACUAAGUUGAAAGAGAAGGUGAACCGCGGAGUGUCACUAUUAAGGGACACUCCCGCACCACAGAAACCAUAUCUGGAUGAAGCUGUGCAUCAAAUACAUUGUCAAAACUGCAUCCGAGGUAUCAAAUGCCCUGAGAAGAGGAAGGUGCAGGAAUAA